AUGCCGAAUCCUUACACGAUUUCAUUAAAAAAGAAAAACAAAUCAAAAUCCCCAAAGAACUCUAAAAUCGCCAGAGAAAGAAGAACUUCACAAAGCUCUUUAUAUGAAAAUAUUGUAUUAAUAAAUGAAGUUGCAAGCACAAUUGGAAAAAAUUCGGUUUGUUGAAGCUUCUCUAAAGCUGAUCGUUUCAAAGGAGAGAAAACAAAUUCAGGUCCUGGAUAUAUUAUAAUAAAAUCAGCCUUAGGGAAGGCACGCGCAGCAGGCAUUGGCUAUGGAAAGCGCACGGCACCUUCUAAUGCAUUUGGCAAAGACUCACCUCCUCCAACUGCAUAUAAACUUUCAAGCUGUUUUGAUAAGCUAGGGAUUUCUACUAAAAUAUCACCGUCAAGAUCAUCUCAUUCUAGGCAGCAAUCAACUCCUGGCCCUGGCUCUUAUGAUGUAAGAUCUGUAGGAAACUCCCCAUCAUUUUCAUUUAAGGGCAGAAAUUUUGUUAAGACCAGAUCAGAAACUCCUCCUCCAGGAACUUAUAAUCCGAGUCAUUCUUUAGUAAUACCAAGCAGAUACGCGUCAAUAGCUUUUGGGAGACGGACUCCUCACAGAAACUCGUUAAAUGAUACGCCUGGACCUGGAACGUAUGAUGUCAUUACAGUAGCGUUUAUUGAUAAGGUCCCAAUAAGGAAGAAAAGGCGAGCGUUAAGCUUAGACUUAUCAAGUAUUAUUCAAACGUAA